UACCCCCCACCAGCACCGCAAUACGCUGCCGGUCUGGGGGCCGAAACCGAAAGAGCCGCAGAGCGCCCAGCAGCUCUGCUCCCCCCUGCACUCCUGUGGGCAACGAGGCAGGAGACCCAUCCGCCAGGCCAGGCAGAGGAGAGCAGCGGGAGCAGCAUGUUCUACGCGGUGCGCAGAGGCAGGAGGAUCGGAGUCUAUCAGACCUGGGAGGAGUGCCGAGAGCAGGUGAACAGGUACCCGGCUGCCAGCUUCAAGAAAUUUGCCAGCGAGGCAGAUGCUUGGUCCUUCGUGGGCAGCGAGGCACUGCAGUCCUCAUCCCAUUCAGCAGGUACUAAUGGCAUAUCUAGUUUAACACAAAAGAGUGACAGCUACCGGAAUGAACUGGAGACAGCAAGCCCAAGUUACAGUACAUGCAAGAGACCAUAUGAGCAGUCUUUGGAGGAAGAAUCAAACAGAAAACAUGUAAAAUACGAGACAUACUCGGCACCUUCAGUGAGCAAAGAUAAAUUCUCAUAUAUGGGUGACUCUGUAGUUGUCUAUACAGAUGGCUGCUGCUCAAGUAAUGGGCGUCGUAAGGCACGUGCUGGAGUAGGAAUCUAUUGGGGACCAGACCACCCUCUAAAUACUAGUGAUAGGCUUUCUGGACGGCAGACCAACCAAAGAGCUGAAAUACAUGCAGCCUGCAGAGCAAUAGAGCAAGCAAAGAGUCAAAACAUCAAGAAACUGGUUCUUUACACUGAUAGCAAGUUCACUAUAAAUGGUAUAACAAGUUGGGUAGACAACUGGAAAAAUAAUGGCUGGAGAACAAGCACAGGAAAAGAUGUAAUAAAUAAAGAAGACUUUGAAAGACUUGAUAAGCUUUCAGAGGGAAUGGAAAUUCAGUGGAUGCAUGUUCCUGGUCAUGCUGGUUUUACAGGAAAUGAAGCAGCUGAUAGACUUGCAAGAGAAGGAGCUGGAAAACAAAACUCCUAGCAUGCUAUCGUGACUAGAAAACUUCAUUCUUGCUAACUAAAGACUGUUUAAUCCAUAAGACAGACUCUCUUUUCAGUAUGAAAACUUCCUGUUGGAAUUGUACAAAAUAAAUUAAUUUAAACUUUGUUAUAACUAUUUCUGGUUUAAAAGUUUUAAAUAUAUGCUGUCCUGUAUAAACACACCUACUUUUUUAGGGUGUUCAGGUUACUUGGUUAAUCACUGCUUUGUUGGUAGAGGCUUGUUUAACAAUUAGCUGAACAUUCAAAUAUUGGUAAAAGAAAGGUGUCCAGUGUUUUUAGUCCCAGUUUCCACAGUGCCUGUUAAGAAAUUCUUUUAGACGUUCCAUAACUGAGAUAAAACUUUGGGUUUUACAAAGUAUAAUAGUUUCAAAAAGUUUAUGAAGGAAAAUGUUGCAAUCUGAAUGCUAGACAGAUGUUUUCCCUUUACCAAGAGUAUUGAAAUAAAUUUAAACUUGAGAAGUUUGAUGUUAGUAUGUUUAUACGCACAUAGUGUAGAAAAUACCAAAGUGCAAUGGUAAUUAUUUGAACUGCAUAAUCCUAUAUAAAACAACUUCCCCAACUGCACCUCCUCAAAUGAUAAGUAUUUAUUUGUAUGUUUGCUUGUAAGAGUAUUAUGGAUAUGGAUAUAAAUAUCUGUUUAAAAAAGUUAACCGGUUAAAUGAUUAAAAUUAUAUCAUUUGACUGGUUAACCAUUAGCCGAGGUCACUCAGGUGGGCAGGGGCUGGGGUCCUGGUGGGGCUGCGGGCCUGGGCCCCCCUCCAGGCUGCCGAGGCCGUCCACUACGACGAGCUGGGGUCCCUCCAGCCCAACAUGGAUCUGUGUGGCUGACCCAGCAUGACCAGCCAGCUGCCAUAAUAAACAGUUAUGGUCUGGUUAACGGUAAGUCUAAUGCUUACCGGUUAACCUUUUACAUCCUAAAGAGUAUCCGUAUAAGCUUCUGUAAAGUGUUUGUUCGUCCAGACUUGCAGAGGUAACAAUCACAAGCCAGGCUGCAGGGAAGCACUAGACAUGCUUCCUUUUCCAGCCACUUGAAUUUCAAGUCCUCUGUAGACUUUGCUUCCAGCUUCUUCCUGAAGCAACUUCUGACUGGCCCCUUAUCAGCUACUGCCAUCACAAGAUGGGCUCCUGAGUGACUUUACUGAAAAACUGCCAUGUUGACUGUUGCAUUGUCUUACACCUGUUCACUGAGAGUGACGGUUUCACACUCAAAUCCAUUUGCAUUCUGGUGACUUUCAUGCUGGUCAGAGUCUUCCCUACCUAUAACCGUAUGGUCUGACAUACUACUUAAUUCCUGCUUUUUUUGCCUGCUUUUGCGAACUUCCUGUGCCAUGUUUAUUUGAGUUCCCACUGUUUUUUCUGCCCCUGCUCCUCUAGCACCACCAUGCUUUUCAAGUUAUUUUGCUGCUUUCUUUUUCCUUCUUAAACCUUUGUAAUUUUUGUUCUGUUUCCCUCUCCCCUAUACCUGUCCCAUUCUUCUUUCCCCAUGAAGAAGAAUUUAACACAUUAUACUCUGGUCCUUGUCCCGACAUGCUCGCCCCCUCUCUUGCGGCAUUGACAUAUGUUAACCUCAUUCCGGCCUGAUUUCUAUUCUUUUCUCUCUUUAUACUUAUCUGAUUCCGCUGCCGUCAUUCCAGUUGAUUUCCUUUCUUUCAGUCCCGUUCCAAACAUGCUUUACUGCUCACAAUCUCUUUAUAUAUUGCUCUCUACCUUCAGCUCAGUUUUCAUGGCCAUUCUUCCAUACCAGCCUCCUUUUUUUGCCCAUAUAUCUUACCCUCUUAAGAUGCUCUUGUUUCUAGCCCCUUCCUGUGCCAGCUUCCCACACCUUUUCUCCCCUGCCCCCCCUUAAGUGCAGUCUGACUCUUCCCCUCCCUUGGUGGAAUCCUCCAUCCCAGCCUACCUUCACUUCCUGACUCUCCCCUGUUUUGCCUAUAUUAUUUGAUGCUAUUUAGGUUUCAGUUUGAUGCUCUGAUGCUAAAGCUUUUCCCCUCCUUUCCACUUUCUGACAUUCAGUAGUGUACUGAUGCUUAGCCACCAACUCAGUCAUUCACUUGAAGUGUUCUGACCAUUGCCACUUUUCGUGGGCAUCAGUCAUUCCCCCUCAACCUUAAGACAUGCAGCUUUAUUCACAUUUUUGUCUUUUUUCCCUCUCAAUAGUAGCCGGGGAUCCUCUACAGCUACUGCCUCUGUUGUAUUACUGUCGCUUUGAUCUUUUCCCCACCUGAAUUCUACCUCCUCUAUGCUAGCAUUUCUAUACUUACUAAAAUGCUGUUCUUUAAAAUAUCAAUUAUUUCUUUAAAAUCCUACAUUCUUAAUUUUUCAUAUUGUAUACAAUUGUCUUCAUAUGACGUGGCCUGUGGCUAGAUUGGUGUUUUGCCCUAAUUCCAAUCAUUGAUAUAAGCUGAACCAGUCACUUCUAGGGUAGAUGGGCAAAGAUACUCAUUUUGACCCUGGUUUCAAGUGGAAUAAGUGCAAGCUCCGCUGCUUGGAAUGGCUUUGCCCUCCUACACUUGGAGAUUAUACCAUUUCAACUACAUGGAUGGCUAUAAAGGGGCAAAUCUCCAGUCUAGUCAAGGCAUUUAUUAAACUCAGCUGUAGAGUUCCCUAUGGGGUAUCUUGCUGAUGCAUUAAACAUUUACUUUCAAACUGA